AUAAUUUUCUGAUAGCAGACAAGCUACCCGAUAUGGCUUCAACGCAAACAUAUGAAGAUUUCAAGCCGCUUGUGGAAGAGAAGGACAGUCCAGAUGCUCUUCUUCUUCUUGUUCAUAUUCCUGGUUUUACUAAAGAACAAAUUGGUGCAAGCUUUGAGCCAGACACGAGGAAAAUUAGGGUUUUCGGUGAAAAACCACUUCCCGAUAAUAAGCGGAAACGAUUCACAGAAGAGCGUGUAAUUCCAAAGACAUGUGAUUUUGAUAAGCUCAAGGGAAAGUUUGAUGGAACAAUUGUCACCAUUACCAUCCCAAAGAAGCCAAUUUCAAGUGUUACUCUCGAAGAACCAAAACCAGCCCAAGAAGCAACUAAACAGGUCACUCCUCCAACAGCUGCUUCUGCUGUUGAAUCAGAAGGAUCCACUAAAGAGGGUGAGAAAGGUGUCUCUCAAGAACAACCCAAAUCUGACAUCAAGAGUCAGAGAGAAUCUGAUAAGAAAAAAGAUAAAACACCAACCCCACCAGAAAAAACUAGAGAAUCUCAAAUGCCUCAAAAGGAUAAAGAACAACUUCCCCAGAAAGGUAUCAAAGAGGAAGAAAAGCAUAGAGAUGAGAUGGAGACUAAAGAUGCUUCCACCCCAAGAAAACCAAAAGGAGAAUCUAGAACGGCUCAAAAGGAUCAAGAGGGAACUCCUCAAAAAGGUAAAUUAGACGAGGAGAAGCAUGAGAAAAACAAGAGCGCUGAGAAGGAAAGGAUUCAAGAAGAUAACAGCAAGACUUCAGAGGCAGGAAAAGCACCUCAGAAGGUUCAGACUUUAGCUGGAGAAGCAAGAAAGGAAAAGGGGAGUUCUAGCUUGAAAGCCCCUGAGAAAACGCAGAAAGAAACGGAUGCUAAAACUGGUAAAGUCAAUCAAAGGAAUCACGGAACGAAGGAAAAUGAAUCCUUUAUAGGAAAAGGCGUCAGGGAUAUAGCUAACUCUGCUUCGCAGGCCGCAACAAGACUCGCAGACAAGUUCAGGGAAGAAGAUAAACAGAAGCUGUUAUACGCAGGUGCAGCAAUCCUGAUGGUGGCAGUAGGCAUUUAUGCAUCCUUCAAGCUUCGUUCCCAAGCAAGACAAUAGACAAACGAAUAUCUACUUCCUUCGACAUGAUUCUGUACAAGAGUUUCACCAAUAAUUACAUCUUAACAUACUGUAAAUAAGCAGGACAACUUCUAGUUACUUCAAACUCACGUUGACCUGCACGUCCUUCUAGCCUAGUACAUGGUAUGGAUUGAUGUAAACAUUAUUUAAAAAAUGGAUCAUGUGGAAGUCCCCAAAAAAAAA